AUGGCCAUCGGCUUGGCUCCGCCCGUAGCAGUCUGUCCCCGCGACGCCCCUACUCACCAAGUCCCUCUGCCGGAGCCCCGCGCAUCACCCUGUUUCCAUCUGCUCGACGUCGGCUGCAUCGAGCAGCAGCAGCUACCAGCACCAUCGGGCCUCUGCCUCCCCUGCCGCCUGGACAAGUCCGGCCUCCUGCAGCCCCUUUUCGUCCCUAACCGAGCAGUGCGCCUUCUCAUCGCCCUGCCUCCAUGUCCACUGCGUGUGCCAGCGCCCAUGUCCAAGUACCAUGUUUUCUCUGCUGCCCCGUGCACCUUUGGCUGCUGCCUCGAGAGGCCCUUUUGUCGUGAUUCAUUUUGGGUCGUCCAGAACGAGAACGCCAAGUACCGUCGCCGAAGACCCAUGUACAACUACCAUCGCCAAGACCCCGUGAACGUCUACACGACGACCGUCGAGUACCUCUUCGCGAGGCGAGCGAGCAGAAAAAGAAAACAGCGAGAAGCAGCGAGGAGCGAGCCGGCCCGCAUCUCCCCCGCUCCCCCCGAGCCGUGGCACACGCACAAUCCCCUCCCCUCGAACCCCGCCUCGCUCGCUUCCGUCGACAGGUGGGUGGAGGGAAAGGGAGGCGGCCGGCGACAGGGGAAGAAGCAGACCGGCCCUGAUCGGCUCGCCCUCCUCCGCGCUCCGACAUCCGCGUCUCGCAGCAGACGACAAUGGAGGCGCUCAAGGAGAAGCUGUGGAAGAAGAUGGGCACGGCCGUGGGCUCCAUGCGGCUCGAGCUCCGCGACAAGGCCGGCGCCAGGGUCGCUGACCUCGGUCGCGACGCCGCACCCCUCGCCGCCUACUCCCCCUACGUACCGGCUGCACGUCAUCGACCUCGACCCCUCGUCGGUGACCUCCGGCGGGUGGCUGGAGGACACCUCGUUCGUUGAUAAGUACACCAUGUCGGACGAUGCAUACGACGAGCUCGGCACAAACAUCCGGAAGUUCAAAGAGAAGAUGGUGUCGAAAAACCUUGUAUCGGAUGAUAAGCAAUCAGACAAUCAGAUGGAGGAAUUGUGUGCUAACAUCAAGGGUUUGGGUGUCCAUCAGAUUCUUGCGAGGACAGCAACAGCGGCCAGCGUUUGUAUCUGCAGAGUUCAUGAAUGCCGCAGGUAUGCUCAUCCUCCCCCAUCUCUCUUUCCAUCUAUCUCUUCAUCUACCUUGCCUCUCUCUCUCAACUAGGUGCUUCUGCCUGAAUCUCUUCAGUGGGGUUUCCAGCGCAGCGGCAACAUGACGACCAAGUUCAAAAGCCUCAUAUCACACUGCAUCAGAAGGUAGCCGCGUAAUAUGGUCGCCGGAUGGAAGUAGAAGUUCGCACUUACAAAAGUAAAGUAUGUUUUUGGCACCACUGUUGUUUCUUGCUUCACUAUGUUGUUCCAGGCGGUUCUUGAUGGUACGUGCUCUUGUCUGAUUUGUAAAAGAGAUGUUUGAAAGAGCAGAUGGUUUUGGCUUUGUUAUUAUAAGCAAAACAGACAAUAAGAAGUAUAUUAUCUGAUUAUUGAGUCAAUGCAUUUGCCAUACAUUUGUAAGUAUUUUCUUGCAUCCUCUCUUUUCUCCAGGAAUGUUGUGUAGUUUAUUGAUGCCCCUACAUAAGACUGUAGGUCACUGUUUAUGUUCAUACAUGUGUUCCUUGUUGUUCGCCUUUCUAUCUACUAUGGGAUAGCUGCUGACUGGGAAUAAUACUUAACAGGGUAGCUACAUGAAUGUUUAUGUUUCCUGUACUGUUGUUUGUGAUUGAGUUAGAACAUGUAUGUCCUCAUAUUCUCACAUUGCUGUCUAAAAUCUGUUUACAUGGAAAUAACUGAAGAACAGCAAUUUUAUUUCCCUGUGUGUGUGUGUGUGUGUGUGCGCGCGCGCGCGCGCGCACGGUUUGUUGCCGAUGUUUAUAAUGGUUUGUUUGCAGGACAAGCCCGAGCCUCCUCCAGAAAGGCUGUCUUCCUGACGCCACCCAAGGAUCUGACCACCUCAGUUAGGUGUUCUCCACCCAGAUAGGAUUGGGUGACAAGGACAUUGAUGCUCUUUCUGGUGGUCACACCCUGGUGUGCAUGUCUUAUGUUUGGCGCCAAGUUUGUACGCUUACUGCCGCUACAAAGAAUGCUGACAAAGCUUCCAGAAUAAUGCUAUAUUAUGCUGCGAGAAGCACAAGUUCCUCUCUUAUCCUGUCUGUUAUCCAUUUCUUUUGCUCGAGGAGCCAACCGUGCUGACAAAACACUAGAAGGUAUGAAUCUGAAUUUCUUACUUCUGUAUACAUACAGAAAACUACAUUAUUCAUGACAUCAUUACAUUUCUUUGUUGCACAUUGAACUAUUAAUGGCACCUUCUUCUUUGAGUAUAAAUUAUAUUAAGGAAGUUCUAAGUACUAAAUUGGAAAUACUUUCUUUGUGUACUUGCUCUAGACGGGCUUUCUUGUAUUGAUGUUUUUCCAAUAUAGAGUUCCAUUCAAUUUUGAUCUCCUACGAGGAGUAUGCUAUUUGAACUGAAACGGUGAAACCACAAGUCGACAUAAUCUAAUUUUAGUUAAAUGACAAAGAGGACAUUUUCUACCAUGUACGGGUGAUGCACGUGUUUCCAAUGUAGAGUCUAAUUUAAUUUAGUCCUUUUGAUCACCCAUGCUGAAUAUUGAAUGAGUCAACUGGGAGGAGUUUAAGCCAAGCUAAACUGAAAUCAUAAUUAAACAUAAGCUGUUUUCAGUUAAAUGGCAGAGAGGGCCCUCUUCUACCAUGUAAAUUAAAUUGCAUAUUUACGCAUGUUAUACCUUGUUUGCAAUUUCUGUUUACUGAACUAUAUCCAUGAUACUAAUCAAAAGAGUAUUUACUCUUUUUGCACCAAUUAUUAUUGUUGUUACAUAACCACGUGCUGAUAGCGCAAAAGCGGAAUGAGUUAGCUUAUUUACGUAUUGUGAUCACCGCCGGAGCCACUCAGGCUUGCAAACAGUGAUCUACACGCCAAUUGUCGCAUCAUGCUAGGAACCAACAAGAGAGCCACCGUAACAACCAACUGGUCUGAGUUCCGCCGCCUUGCAAAAAUCCAUGAAGGAGACAUUUGUGCCUUUCGUUUCAAGGUCAGCACAAAGCAGCGCCCGGUUCUCAUUGUCCAUUGCCUUUAUAUGAAGCAUCGACAGCAAUGGAAGUCGUAUUUAAAUAUCAUCUACUCCCUCCGUUCGAAAUUACUUGUCGCAGAAAUGGAUGUAUCUAGACGUAUUUUAGUUCUAGAUACAUCCAUUUUCGAGACAAGUAAUUCCGAACGGAGGGAGUAGCAUUCUAAGGACUACUAAUCAAGCUCUGUAAUAGGAUGAAACCUUCCUCUGUUUUUCGACGAUCCUAUCUGUUGCUUUUGAACAGCUACCACCUAAGCUUUUACCUAUAUAACCUCUGUUGUUGUUCCUCAUCGAUCUAUUAAUAUGCAUAAUGCCACCCUUAUUUAUAA